AUGUCAAUCUCGGGUGUUUCCUUGUUGAUAACUUUGGCGUUUACCUUGAGUCAAUCGCCCACCAGUGGAAAAGAUGUCAAUGAGUGCAACGUAAAAAAUGGCGGAUGUUCUCACAAGUGUACUAACACUAAAGGUAGCUAUAUCUGCUCCUGCCCAGACCCCGAGCUGACACUGGCGCCAGAUGGUCGCAAUUGUGUUGCUUCCGGUGUUUCUGUUAAGUGCGGCCAAAAUGACAUGUCAAUCACAUUACCAAAGAUCCUCCUCCUCGGUUUGAACCGUGAACAUGUCACUCUCCGAGACGUCAAAUGCGUUGCCAAGGAAACCAAAACCCACUUCACCCUUAAUACUGCAUUAACCGGUUGUGGAACAACCGCAAGAUUCGGUAAGGGUGCCGUGGUCUACAGCAACACUGUCAUGGAGAUUCCCGUCAAAAAUGACGCCAUUAUAACGAGAGUUCGCGAGAUUGAGAUUCCUUUCAGCUGCUACUAUAAAAAUACUGAAGCUGCAACCGCCGUUGGAGUCCAAGCUGAUACCAAGAAACUGGUGUUUGACGAAGAUGGAAAAGGAAAAUUUACGGUUGCCCUGGAUCUGUUUUCAGACCAACAGUUUAAGUCACGCUAUACUGAAAAAGACUACCCAGUGCAAGUCAAACUAAGGCAAGAUCUGUACUUCGAGGCAUCUGUGAAAUCCAAGGACAAGACUUUGUCAGUGUUGGGCGAAAACUGUGUCGCCACUCCCACGCAAGAUAGUAAACACGGUACAUCAUAUCCUCUCAUUACCAACGGGUGCCCUGUGGAUGAAACUACCAGUGUCAUGAAGUCAUCUCCUGUAGGCACCUUCCGAUUCACCACAGAAAGCUUUAAAUUCAUUGCCAAACACCCAUUCCUCUUUGUCCAUUGCCAAAUAAGGGUUUGUGACUCAAAAGAUCCAAAGUCGAGAUGCGCUCAAGGAUGCCUUCGAGGAGAUAGGAGAAGGCGUGACGUCACCACUGAUGACAAAAUAUACUCGCUGGCCCAGGGACCACUAACAUUUUAUGCUGAUGAAGAAGACGCUGGAUCAACUCUUAGUGGUGUAACCGUCCCAGCAGUGGUUUCCAUGUCAACAAUUUCUGUGUUCUGCCUUGUGGGAAUCAUUUGGAUGUCACGCAAGAAGUCCAGUCAAGCCGCGGGUUACUUUCCUCUUAGUGUGUCGCCAGAAGAUUAG